UAGACUCGUCCAUUCCUCCAAACGUGUCCCAGACACAUCUCCCCCGGCCUUACCCUCCUCUCCCUCCUCUGCUCGGCUCCUUCAUACAUAUCGUCCGCCAGACUACCUGAAGGGGGGAACUUGACGCUACAGGAAAAGCGGGAUUUUGCGGGACCUUCCACACGCACUAUGCAGCCGUAACGGGGCCGCUGUUUUUAUUUGUUGUUUCUGGGGGUUGUCGUGUGGGGCUGUUCCCCCCCCCCCGGUGUCAGCCACGGACGUCAGACGGGACUACCGGGGAUGUAACAGAGGUCCGUCUCCCUAUCGGACUGCACCGUCUCUGCUCUGCCCAGCCUGCUGCACCGCUGAGCGGCCUGUGAGAAGCACAAGAUGUCGACGAGAACGCCAUUGCCGACAGUGAACGAACGUGACACUGAGAAUCACUCAUCAGUGGAUGGCUUUGUCGAACCCCCUGUCCCACCAACAAAGUCCGCAAGCCGCCACAGCCUGCCGAGAUGCCGCAACUCUUUUACUUCCACAGAAGAACACCCCCACAUCGGCAACUACCGUCUCCUCAAGACCAUUGGCAAGGGGAACUUCGCCAAGGUCAAAUUGGCACGACAUGUCCUGACAGGGCGAGAGGUCGCUGUGAAGAUUAUAGACAAAACUCAGUUGAAUCCCACCAGUCUACAGAAG